CAGUCUCUUUGUCUGCAGUGUGUAAAUCACCUGUAUUCUCAACAUUCAUUAUAGCAAGCGACAAAGUCUGUAGUAGGAAGUUCUUUUAAACUUUACCGAAACAAUGUAAACAUCAAAAUUUCUUAUCACCAUUUCAGGAAAGUUUGUUUUCAUUAAAUUAUCGCGCAUUAAUUUAUGUCAGUAAUUCAGUAAUGAUUAAAAUACGACAACGUUCGCGUUUGUGUCAAUUCAAACCUUAAAAAAUGUUCUCAGUUACAGUGUUUUUGGUACAGCUUUUUCUAGCUACUGUGUUUUGCGCAAGAAGAAACUCGGAAUGCGUCACACCUAACCAAGAAAGGGCAAGAUGUACUCCAGUAAGUCGUUGUCAGAUAUUGCUGAAUACCAUUCGAUCAGGUGACCCCGACUCACUUAAGUUUGUCCAACGAUCGCAAUGUGGUUAUGAAUCCGAAGCAUUGGUGUGCUGCGGUACUUUGGGUAUUGCGCGUGGUGUUCUGGUGAAUAGUUCCAAUAGUCGAAAUGCAUCAUGUUUAACACCCAACAAAGAAAAUGCGAGGUGUAUUCCCGUAAAGAGCUGUAUUGUGAUUAUACACGCUAUACAAACUGGUGAAAGUAACGCAAUUAAAUUUGCUCAACAAUCCCAGUGCGGUUAUGAUUCGGAGCCAUUGGUUUGCUGUGGUACUAAGGGCGUACCAGAAGUACAAAAAAAAGAACAUCAUAUAUUGGAAAAUCGAGCACACUCAGUGAUAGGUCGAAAUUCACCAUGCACAACUCCCAAUAGAGAGAAUGGCAGAUGCAUUGCGGUUCGAAGUUGUCCCGUAAUAUUGACUGCCAUUCAAUCUGGUACUGAAGGAGUUACCUUCGCACAGAAGUCGCAAUGUGGAUACGAUUCGGAAGCUUUGGUGUGCUGUGGUUCAAUGGGUCCCCAAUCAGUAGACAUAUUUGAUCAUCGCCUAUUGGCCGAUCGAAGUAGCUGUGGUAUAGAAAAGACCGGCAACAAAAUAUUUGGCGGUAUCGCUACCGAUAUUGACGAAUUUCCCUGGUUAGCCUUAUUACGAUAUGCGGACACCACAUCCGGAAGCGAUCAAGGUUUUAAAUGUGGAGGAUCAUUAAUUAACAAUCGUUACGUAUUAACUGCGGCACAUUGCAUUUCUGUUGCCUCAAAUCAAGAAAUAAGAUUGAGCGGUGUGCGAUUAGGUGAAUGGAGACAGUCAACGGAGAUCGAUUGUGUGGGUAAAAGGGGAUUACAAAAGUGUACUGAGCCUGUUGUGGAUGUUGGCAUUCAAAGAAGUAUACCGCAUCCAGGACACAGUAUCAGAACACGAGACAACGAUAUCGGCUUACUUCGACUUCAACGUAAUGUUGACUUCAGCGAUUUUAUUCAACCCGUUUGUCUACCUCCACCAAAUGGUGUACUUCCUAACAUUGGAAGUAGUAUGAUGGUGGCAGGAUGGGGUAGGACGGAAACCAGUGAUGCUUCUGAUGUAAAAUUAAAGGCUUUAGUUCCCUUGGUAGCUUCAUCAGCCUGCAAGAAAAGGUUUGGAAGGCGUGGAUAUAUUUCAGAUAACCAGUUUUGUGCUGGAGGAGUAGGAGGAAAUGAUUCUUGUCAAGGAGACUCUGGAGGUCCGUUAAUGCGUUAUGUGGUGCCUAAUGCCGACGUGCAAUGGAUUCAAGAGGGUAUAAUAUCAUGGGGAGUUAUGUGUGGACUAGAAACGUACCCUGGAGUUUAUACGCGGGUAUCUAAAUAUUCAAAUUGGAUUGUUGACAAUAUGUUUUAAUUUUAAUUAUUAAAUUUUAUUUAACGGAG